UUCAGUCUCAGACAUUAGAACCAUUUCUUCCUCUCUCUCUCUCUCUCUCUCUCUCUCUCUCUCUCGUUUCCUCAAAAAAUACUCACCGCAAACCUCACCAAAAACCCUAAAAAUCACAUUUUUUUCUCCAAAUCAACACAUCAAGACUCAUUGUAAAGUUGCUGGGUUCAAAAUAUAUUUAUGUUGCUGCGUUUUAACUCUAUUAGGCAUUGUGUUUCUUCUCAUUUUCUUCAUCCAACCCAUUAUUAAGUAUGGAAAAUUACAAGUUCUAUCGUAGUUGGAUGUACGAUCGUAUGUAUGCUGGGAGACGUGGACUUAAACCACUUUUUGAGGAAGGAGUUAAAUUGUUUAUUACAUGGGCAUUUGAUCAAGAAUGUUGUCGGGAAGAGGGAGGAGUGAGAUGUCCGUGUCUUAAAUGUGGAUGUAGACGUAUAAUAAGUGAUCCGAAAGAAGUAGAAACUCAUUUGAAGAGAAAGGGAUUUAAGGAAAAUUAUUGGGUUUGGACAUCAAAUGGGGAAGAAAUGCCGAUAAAUAUGCCAGAGACUAGUAAUUUCCAACAUGGCUCAAGUAGUCGAUCACAGAUGGAAUAUGAAGAACAGUUUAAUCUACACGAUGACAUGAUUGGCGAUGCUUUAGGGGUUAACGUGGCCUACGAUGAACAACAAGAUAGUGGCGAUGAGGAAGAGUUGCCGAAUGAGAAAUCUCAAAAAUUUUACGAGUUGUUGAAAGAAAUAAACACACCAUUGUUUGAGGGUUCGUCAGACUCUAAAUUGUCUAUGUGUGUGAGAUUGUUGGCUGCAAAAUCAAACUGGAAUGUUCCUGAUCAGUGUCUGGAAUUCUUUUGUCAAAUGAUGUUGGAUGCGACUCCUACGAAAGACAAUUUGCCUAGAAGUUAUUAUGACGCGAAGAAGUUGGUUAUGAAGUUGGGAUUAGAAGUAACGAAGAUUGAUUGUUGCAUUAGAGGUUGCAUGUUGUUUUAUGACAAUGAGUUUGGUACAAACGAUGGAGCGUUAGAGGAAUGUAAGUUUUGUAACAGUCCAAGGUAUGUAGUUCGCACUAAAACCAUUGAUCAUAAGAAAAAACGCAUAGCAGUGAAAUCAAUGUUUUAUCUACCGAUAAUACCAAGGUUGCAGAGAUUGUUUGCUUCAAUGCACAGUGCAAGUCAAAUGACCUGGCAUCAUACAAACAAAACAAGUACAAGCACUAUGCGACAUCCAUCUGAUGGUGAAGCAUGGAAGCACUUUGAUCGGAUGCAUCCUGAUUUUGCCGCAGAACCUAGAAAUGUCAGACUUGGAUUAUGCUCAGAUGGUUUUACUCCAUAUGUCCAACAGUCGGGAACUGGAUAUUCUUGUUGGCCGGUUAUUGUUACUCCUUACAACCUCCCCCCUGAGAUGUGCAUGACAAAGCCUUACAUGUUUUUGACUUGCCUCAUUCCAGGGCCGUCGAGUCCAAAAGCAGGAAUUGACGUGUAUUUACAGCCUUUAGUUGAUGACUUAAAGAGGUUGUGGAUUGGAGAAUGUACUUAUGACAUAUCUCGUAAACAAAACUUCAACAUGCGAGCUGUUUUGAUGUGGACUAUUAACGAUUUUCCUGCAUAUGCCAUGUUGUCUGGUUGGGGUACACAUGGUAAAAUGGGAUGUCCUCAUUGCAUGGAUAAGACGAAGGCGUUUACAUUGGAUAAAGGAGGAAAAAGUUCGUGGUUUGACUGUCAUCGUAGAUUCCUACCAAAAAACCACAUACUUAGAAAAAACAUGAAUGAUUUCAGAAAAGGUAUAAAAGUAACAGAUCUUCCUCCCCCCCGUUUUUCAUCAGUUGAAGUAUGGAACAUGGUACGUGAUCUACCAAAAUUCACAGACAAUGGAAAAGCGAUCAGAAUUCCAGGAUACGGGGACAAACACAAUUGGACUAAAAGAAGUAUUUUUUGGGACCUCCCAUAUUGGAAAGAUAAUUUAUUGCGACAUAAUCUUGAUGUUAUGCACAUAGAGAAGAAUUUUUUUGAUAAUGUAUUUAAUACAGUGAUGGAUGUCCAAGGCAAGACAAAAGAUAAUGAGAAUGCUAGAAAAGACAUGGAACUAUAUUGUAAUCGAAAAGAUUUAGAGUUGAAGACUCUACCAAAUGGGAAGCUAUUAAAACCCAAAGCUACUUAUAGUCUAACUCCACAAGAAGCCAAGCUUGUUUGCCGAUGGUUAACUGAAUUGAGAAUGCCCGAUGGUUAUGCCUCUAACUUGGCAAGAUGUGCCAACGCCAGCACUGGCAAGGUGACUGGAAUGAAAAGUCAUGAUUGCCAUGUUUUCAUGGAACGACUUCUUCCAAUUGCCUUCAGCUCAUUGCCAACACAAGUGCUCAAUCCACUAACUGAAAUUAGUCAUUUUUUUAGAGAUAUUUGUGCAUCAAUUUUAAGAGUCGAUGACCUAAUUAAGUUGGACCAAGACAUUCCUCUCAUUCUAUGCAAGUUGGAACAAAUUUUUCCACCUGGUUUUUUCGAUUCAAUGGAACAUCUUCCUGUGCAUCUUGCAUAUGAAGCUUUUCUGGGUGGACCUGUUCAAUAUAGGUGGAUGUAUCCUUUUGAAAGAUUCAUGGGUGAUUCAAAGAGAUCUGUGAAAAAUAAGGCUAAAGUGGAGGGUUCGAUAUGUGCACAUUAUUUGCAUCGGGAAACAUCUCAUUUUUGCUCUCAUUAUUUCAAUCACAUGAUGUUAAUUCCAAGAAUCACAAGGAAUGAAGUUAAUGUUACAGAAAGAAGUCAAUUCACCUUAUCCAUCUUCGGAAUUCCUGGUCGUAGUUCUGGAAAGACGAAUGUGCACUGGCUGACCGAAAAGGAAUUGCAAUCUGCUCAUGUUCAUGUAUUGAUUAAUUGCGUUGAAGUUAAACCAUACAUUGAGUUAUAUAAUAACUUCCAAUAUGAACUCACCGGUGAACAAGCAACAACCACUGACAUACAUGCUUAUUUUCCAUCAUGGUUUAAGCAACAAUUGGCAUGUAAUGUCGAAUUAUCUCCACAACUACUCCAUUUGAGAAACUUGGCUGAAGGGCCUAUUAAACGUGCAAAGAAAUGGCACACAUACUUUGUAAACGGAUAUAAAUUUCAUACUGAUGAAUGGACAGAAGGAAAGAAAACCAUAAUUUUAAUCUCUUUGCUUUUAAUUUUUCUUUUAUGUUUCUUUUACUAUUUCAUCUCUUUGCUUUUAAUUUUUCUUUUAUGAUUUCAUCUUUGUUUUUCAAUUUUACGCUCAAUUUUGGUAUCAUAAUUUUAAUCUCACAAUUUCAUCUCUCCGAUUUUUUUAGACUAUAUGUUUUUGUUGUAUUUAUAUCUGAUUCUUUUUUUAAUACAAGCAUGUUAAUUGCUAACUAAAUUUUUUAAUAUAUGAUGAUAUCCUUGUUGUUGAUGUUUGAAUAAAAUUGUGUGAUGACUUGUUGGUUUAUGUGUAUCUCUUCAUAGAACCCCAUGCUAUUUAUUAAGUUUUGAUGCUGCCUCUAUUUUUCUCAUGUGAUCCAAUAAGUGCAUAUUUAAGGUUUCUUGAAGUUUAGUUUGAUGGCUUCAUAUUAAAGGUUAUAUUUAGUUUUCUUUUCUAUGGAAUGACAUUUAGUUUUCUUUUCUAUAUUUUUUAUGUAUGCAU